AUGGAAAAGUUGAGGUCCUUCCAAAUAGACUUUGAUGAUAAACUCGGCGUAUAUAUACCUGGACAAACUGUUACUGGAAGAGCAGUCAUUGAUCUGGAAACAGAUAUGGAAUUGCGUGAAAUUAGAUUAACGUUCGAAGGAAAAGCUCAUGUAUCUUGGACCAAAGAUGACGCUACCUUCAAGGACCACCAAAAAUAUUUUGAUGUAACAAUAUCGGUUUUUGGAAAAGGUUUGGUCGGCGGUGAUUUACACCGUUUGUCCCCGGCACAGCAUGUGUUCCCUUUCUCGUUUGUCUUACCUCUUCAAUUGCCGUCGUCCUUCGAGGGAGAAUACGGACACGUUCGGUACCAAGUAGAAGGAAUAAUAGACCGACCCCGGAAAUUCAAUCUACGCACCGUGAGGCCUUUCACUGUCUUAACAACAUUAGAUUUGAAUCUAGAACCAUCAGUUGCUAAUGGUAGAGAGUUACAGAAUUCAAAAGACCUUUGCUGCUUGUGUUGUAAAUCAGGGCCUAUCGUGGGAACGUUAAAACUAAAUUGAAUCGGAUAUGUUCCUGGGGAAUCAAUUUAUUUCGAAGCAAGUGCUCAGAAUAAUACCAGCCGUGUGUGUAGCAUAUAUGCUGAUCUACAAAUGCCCACACCUAGCAUUGAGAUCGCCUGA